AUGAUCUUAUAUGCAACAGUUGUCAUAGAGCCUCGAAACUCCUCCACUUCUGAUUCUUCUUUAGACGAAAUCAAUUCCAAGUCAGAAUCAAUUAUUGCGGAUGAAUUUAGAUUUGAAGGCGACACUUCGCUGGAGGGAAGGAUCUUUGAACCAAUAGUCGAGUUGGAUAAUCGAGCUAAGAAAAGAUCGAAGAAUAAAGACAAAUCAACUUUUAAGAAAAAUGUUCAAUCAAUUAAUGAAGAAAUGUCUGAACCUGUACCUAUAGAUAAUUAG